CUCAUUGUUGCCUCUCUGCUCAAUUUAGUGUUAUGUGUGGCUCAAAACCUUCUCGUAAAUCCAUUUUGGAGGAUGUUCCUAAUGUUAGAAACAUGAAGUUCUGUUAUUUACAAGUGAAAAUGUUUUGCAAACACCCAUGGACACUAGAGAAAUUUGAUAUUAUGAAAACGACGGGUACGGCUUCGACGAAAUAGAGGCUUAGGCGAGGGUUUCUCCGUUAUGGAAAAGCUGGGCAGGACCAACACUCUAAAAUGGACAUGACAGCUCUAUUAACAGGUAACUACGAUCUCAAACUCACGCCGUCGUAUUUCCGUUACUAUAUACGUGAGGCCUGCUCGUCGCCCCGGAGGACACCGGUUCUAGCAAUGGUGCUCGACAAUGGCGCUCCACCUCCAGCAAUGGUGCUCGUCGCCCUGGAGGACGUUGGGCGUGGACGGCAAUGGUGCUCGACACCGGUUCCAGCAGGCUAGCCGCCCUGGAGAAGAACUCUCCGCUCUUGCUGCCGUCCACGCCCAACCGAGUCUCCGCCCUGGAGAAGGAGAAUAAGGCGGUGGAGGAGGUGGAAACGGUGCACUCUUACUCGUCUGAAGCCAAGGCAUGGAGUGACAGGUCAAGCAAGUGGGGGCGAGGUGAAGAGGGCGGUGAAUGGGAGCUGUGGGGUGAAUCCGUGAUUGGAUUCAUGUGUGGCUGGGCUUUGGUCGAUGGUCUGCUGCAUUUUCUUGCCUUCAAUCUUCAGAAACAAGAGAAUGGUCUGCUGCAUUUGGGCUUUGGGCUUUGGUCGAUGAUCUGGAUGAAUGGUCUGCUGCAUUUUCUUGCCAUUUUCUUGCCCCAAUCAAAGACUUCCAUAUUGUGGUCAUUCAUCCAGAUCACAAUUCGUUCAUCCUUGUUCAGCACUGGAACCAGAAACUUGUAUCAUAUAACAUGGAUACUCAGGAACUGCAUGGUCUCUGCACUCUUGAAAAUGGCUAUGUGGUUAUUACCCCUUACAUACCCUGUUUCUUGGAGUCAUCGGUUCUUGCCACCAAACACUGAGGUUGUUGUUUCUGGGGGACUUCUCUGCAUGUUCAACAAGAGCUUGAUCAUCCAAGUGUUGGGCAAACUAGCAGUGUGGGUAAAUCUACUAGAAUUAGGUGGUGCAAAGUUGGAUUACAUGUCUUUAGGUGAUCUAGUCUGAUGAUGCUUUAAUGUCCUUUCCUAAUGCUUUGAGAAAGCUGUUUACAGGACAACAUGGAUUUACCAAGUGGAAGUGCGAGGAGACAGCAGGGAGAACUCGCGAGCACGAUCCUGAGCAGGGAGAAGGCAACGGCCAUGGGCCCAGAGAGAACUCGCGAGCACGAUCCUGAGCAGGGAGAAGGCAACGGCCAUGGGCAGAGGCAUGCGACGACGGGAGCAGACGCGGCUGGACUAAAUCCGAGCUGAAACAGGCAAGCUGAGGGGAAGAGGGGCAGGGAUGGAGCUCGGCCACCAGGGGCGCGGCCAUGGAACUGGAGGGCGCGCGGCAUGGGCGAGCACAGGGACUGGGACGCGGCACUGGAACCGAGACCGAGCAACCCCGACGAGCCGAGGGGGAGAGGAACGCGGCCAUGGACGGCCAGGAGACUGCGGCGUCGGCCAGGGAGCUGGGCAGGGCCGAGAUCCGGGCGGGGCUGGGGCGAGCUGCAGGCCGGCGACUGCCUGGGGAAAUCCAUCUGGAGCAGGUGCGCAGGGGAACAGAGGCCGAGCGCCACGGAACGGAGCUGGACCGAAGGGGGCGACCUGGGAUCCGGACGGGGAUGGAGGAGACCUGACUGACGGGUUAAUGCGGACGGCGGCUCUUGGUCGGAGGCAGCGGCGCCCGGCUAUGGAGAACGCGACGGAGAUAGAGGAGAAGGCGACCGGGAUGGAGGAGACAUAGUGAUGGAGAACGAACGGCGACGGCGCUGGGAGACGGAACCAGGUUUCAACAAGACUAAUACUGCUUUGAAUCUGUUAAUAGAGUUGUCAUGUCCAUUUUAGAGUGUUGGCUAUGCCCAACUUUUCCAUAACGGAGAAACCCUCGCCUGAGCCUCUAUUUCGUCGAAACCGCACCCGUCGUGUUUCAUAAUAUCAAAUUUCUCAUGGACACUACUAUUGUUCUUGUGCUAUGCGAAUGGUUAGUGUUACCCUCAUCAAUUCUGAACGAGGGAUGUGCAAUGUGCAAGCUGUUGGUCCACCACUCCACCUUGUGGCAUCAAGACUUUUAUGUGCUUCUCAGUUACUCUCACUGUUUUCUUAGACGGAAAACGGUAGACGGACGGUGAGGAGCUGUCUAAGGUUUAGACGUGUUUAGACGGAAUUAAACGGCCUAAACGGUAUGUUACUGUAGCAUAGUUUCAGCAGGAUAAAAAAGAUUUUUUCCUAACCUUUUUUGAAGCAAACAUGAAGCUUUUGUUGUCCUUGUCCCAAUUUGAGAUAUGUACCUGAAAAAGAAGCGAGAUUUGUUA